AUGUGGCAAUUCAUGAAUCAUGCAGCGUUUGCGCACGGUAACCCGUCACAGGCGCAAACGAGUUCGUCUUCAUCUUCCUCAAAGACAGCAGUGACGAUUCCGGGGUUAGGAAAUUUAGUCAAAGUUCAUAAGAAUAAGUCAUCUUCUAGCUCAGCGUCGAAAUUUGUGCCAGUAAUCAAACAGAACGUGAAAGGAAUUAGAGUACUUAUGAAAAGAGUGCUACCUUGGGAGAGUUCUAGCAUAGCGGUAGAAGAACAUAGCUCGUUGCCAGUUCUAAACAGCAUAGCAUUACCAACACUAGAAGAAAUGAAAAUUAUGGACCAUCAAAGUUUGUUUGAUCGAGUUAAGAGAAUUUUAGAAGCGCAUAAGCCUCAAAUUUUGGAUUACAACAUGACCACCAAGCAGAAGAUUGAUUUUUUGAAGACAAAGACGCCAACGGCAGCCCGUUGUCUUGUGUCUUCUCAUUUAAUGCAUGUUCGGGGCGAGUCAGUUAAAGAUUGGGCACCUUAUCUAUCUUCUUUUCGAUCCUAUCUCAAUUUUUGCGUCUCAAUUGCCGAGUGCCCUUUCCCUGUGUCGGCAGACAAACUUCAAGCUUUUCUUUGCAUUCAUCGUAUGGAUGGUAGUGCUAACGUCUCCAAGUGUGCGCUGAGAAAGAUUUCCGAAGUGCUUCGGGUCCCUUUCCCCUCGGUCCCCGAGUUACGGUCGGUGAUGGCUGGCAUUCGCCGAAAUCAGCCGAUGCGUCGGGUGAGGGACCCCGUUAGCCCGGCUUUUCUUAAUAAAAUCCUUGCAGAUACCACGCUUGGUGCAGAUUUUAGAAUGCUGUUCUCCGUUUGUUGGAUGUUCUUGUUUCGUUUAGGAGAUGAGGCAGUACCCUUGUGCAAAUAUAAGGAUUUGGAUCAGUUCGAUAGGACGAAAAAGCUUACCAGUCAUAGUGCUGCUUACGCUGAUGACAAUAAAAAGAGGUGGCAACUCGACUAA